AUGCAAGGACAACAGGGAUUUGAACAGCAGCAGGCUCUGUAUGGCGCACCUUACAUACAGCAGACGCAAUCUGGUAGUCGUCUAACAAACCCAACAAAACUUCAUAUGGAGCAAAUUCAAAGACGCAGCCGUAAUGAAGCACCUCCAACUCCACACAACUCGUACUCUAAUCCCGGUACUAUAGAUCCCGGUCUAUUAACAAACUCCAAUUUUUCUCGAAUUGUUAAACACGAAGCACUCGACAUGACAUCUGAAUUGGAAUAUAACGAUCACAAUCCAUCACCUAAUUCGCCAACCAAUAAUUCCGCAUAUGACAUAGACGAUUACGUGCCUAUUCCAGGCAACAACGUUGAAGUUGAUUCCACAUUUGGAUCGCCCGGAGACCGUUCUGUAUAUUCUCCUGGACCGGAUAACACAGACUUUGGGUUUGAUCUCUCCUCUAGUGCUCCAAGUACCACAACUGGCGCUCUUCCGAUGGGAGUCGUUAAGAAGAAUCAGAAUCAGAAUCAGUUUGCGUUCUGUACUCCCGAUAACAGUUUUCCUGGAACUACCGCUGCCAUACCGUUUAGUCUGCCAGCAUACAGUGCAUCAAUGCCGGUAUACAGAGUUCAAGAUUGGGGAGAUCACAGUACGUUUUCUGGAGCUGGUUCUUUACAAUUUUCUCCCGGUACAGAUAUGUCGCUAGUAACUGCUGAUAUGAUUCAAGUCGAAACUGAAGACAACGUGAAUAGGCAACAGGCCCUACAAACUGAGAAAAAGCGCCGCCGUCGCGAGUCCCAUAAUGCUGUUGAACGUCGUCGUCGGGACCACAUCAACGAGAGAAUUCAAGAACUAUCGACCCUUCUUCCUGAAACCUACGUCGACAAUUCAAAUAAACCGAAUAAAGGCAUAAUCCUCCGCAAAUCAGUCGAUUAUAUUCGCGAUCUCAAACAAAAAGUGCGCGAUCAAAGUACGCGCAAUCAGCAGCUUGAGGAGAUGGUGAAACGUCUCCAGAUAAAAUUUGGUGAGGAUUUAGGUAGCGUUAUUGGCUUCGAUCUAAGUGACGGAGGUCGUAGCCUCCCUUGA